UAUCGUGGUAAGUAGGGUUGAGGCUCAAAUUCGAAACCUUUGUAUUAUGGUCAGUAGGGCUCUGCUCAUGUUGUUCCUCCGUUUCUUAUCUCACAGGGUGUGCACACUUGUUCUGAAUACUUACUGACACUUCUGGGGGAAAUCCUACGAAGUUAUGCAAAAUCAGCAGACGAUUCGACAAAUAUUCAAUAGAGUAGAUCGCAACAGAAAUGGAUAUGUGGACAGCUCAGAGCUGCAAAUGGCACUAUCAAAUGCAUAAAUUUCUAAAGAUUAUUAGUGUCUGGGAGUUCGUUGAGUACAUCUCCUUGCACUCCGUCACAAUCUGCUAGUGGUUUGAGCAUGUAGCUACAUAUUCGCAAUAUGACCAUAAAAGGUUCAUUCCUAAACACGUAUCAUUUUGCCUCCAAAUAUUCUACACAAAGUAAUAGUAAGUUGUAUUUUAAAAAAUCCCGCUCUGUAGGAUGAUUAACUGGAGGUGGCUGAAAUCGGUUUUUUUCUUAUAAUUUGCGCGUGGGUCGCAGUUGUCGAUUUCCGGGUUUGCUGCUUAUGUGACACGUCAGGACUACGGUAUUGUGCAUACAUUAUGUGGUCUCCAUUGUUAGGUAUAGGGACCACAUUCAAUACAAGAACUAUUCAGCUGAUGAUUUCAAUGUUUGACCGAGAUGGAAACGGUACAAUUGACGCCAAUGAAUUUACUAGUCUAUUUCAGUAUGUUCAAGAGUGGCAACAGUGUUUUCGUCGAUUUGAUCAAGAUAGAUCCGGACUUAUUGAUGCACGUGAACUUCAGUGGGCAUUAUCCUCCUUUGGUUAUCGGCUUUCUCCUGGUUUCAUACAAGUCAUGAUCAGUCGUUUUGAUCGCAAUAAACGGGGACAAAUUGCCUUUGAUGACUUCAUUUACGCUUGUGUAUGUCUUCAGAUUCUCACCAAUUCUUUCAAGCAAUAUGAUGUAAAUUGUAAUGGAUGGGCACAGUUUAGUUUUGAACAAUUUUUAUCUGCUGCUAUGUCUAUAAUCAUAUAAUGGGUCAAUAUAAAAAAUGAAGACAGAGUAUUGUGUAUAGAAAAGAGCAAUAAUAACAUUAUUAAUAAUGCUCUAAUAAUCUUUUUAUGUGUAAAAUUAACCUAUAAUUUAUUGAUUUCAAUUGGUCUUCCUUUAAUUCACAAAGCAGGAAAAUAACUUUGUAUACAAUGAACAUUUAAAUAUGAUACAUUGGUAACUACUACUCAGAUUUUUUAUUUUGGUUUUCAGUGUUAUUGUUCAAUGUUUUGAUUUGAUGUCAAACGUUUGUUUAAUACCAUCCUUAAUAUUGUUAUUAUUAAUAAUUUUAUUUUCUGACAUCAAUUGUGAAUAAUUUUUUUUUAUACUUUAAUUUCUUUUUUUUUUUAAAAAAAAUGUUGUUGAUUCGUUUUCGUCUGAUGAAUAAUUCAUCUCUGCAUAGAAUUUCUUCCUUUAUAGUCAUAAUGAGAACUUUUAAUCAUUUCAAUGUAAGUAUCAAGUUCAUGUGUUCUGAUCUCUUAUGGGUUCAAUGUUAUCAUUAGGCAUUAAU